AUGGUGUCCCCCGUCAUCUCGUCUUCCGAGCCAGCCAAGGAGAACAAACUUACCAGAGCUUGGAAAAGAGUGUCCGGUGAAUCUCAAGCAACCGAUUCGAAAUUUUCUGGCGAAAAAAUUUCAAGUGAUUUGAGACGCACUUCAACGGUCAAUUCUAAAGGAAUGAAACCUCCUCUUGAACCACACAAAAGACGUGCCAGCGUACAGCUGGAGCCGACUACGAAGAAGAUGGACACCGUUGGAGAAGAAGCCGCCGGUGAACUUGGGGGUUUUGGUGGACUUGGAAUCAAUUUCUAUGAUCAUCUUGGUAACAAAAUUGCGCCACAGGCAAUUGUACCUCCUGAAAUACCAAGAAGUCAAUCUCCUCAAAUACCAAGGACUCUAUCUCCUCGAGCGCCGGGUACUCAGAAGCCCAUUUCGCCGCUUCCAAAGGAUCCGCCUGUCGUUGCACAAUCACCUUUGGUAAUUCGCGAAUCUUUCACUCGGAAUUUCAGCUUUCCUGAAAAUCCAGAUCCAGAAGCUAUUGUCGAUAGCGACGCUUUCCUUGGUAGUCUUCUCGAAAGAACCCUACGCGAGCAAUCCGAAGCUCUUUGUCCAAGUCCAACGGGGAGCAGAAAGAGCUCUAUUCGCCUCAUUACACCAAAGAGUAGCCGUCAAGUAUCUGCUGCCAAGCCAAUUACAACUUCUGGUCCCUUUGGAAUGAGAAAUUAUACGGCACCAAUGAAUAUAACUUCUUCGUCUGAGCUCACGUAUACACCAACCCGAGGCCCAAAAUUAGGUAUCACAACAUCAUUACCACAUUCGCGAAUUUUGAGCUUGCGAACACCGAGCGUUACUGAAUCAGAAGUGGUAGAUUAUUUUAAUUCUGGAGCUAUCAGCAAAGAAAAUAGUGGUUUUAGUCCCGAAGCACUAAUAAAUGAAACGCCGUUCCCACUAAAUUCGAAGAUUUACCGAAUCCCAUCAUCCCCUACAAUUGCCAAGCGCUCUUCCCGAAAUAAGCCGUCUAAGCCACAACGUGGUGAGCUUUACUUCUUCGAACACGAACGACAGAAGAUUGAACAACUCGUUGCGCAAAGUAAAAAUCGAAACUGUACAGAGCAUCAAAAUUGUACCGAUUGUAUUGAGAAGGAAUACGCAUAUUACGAGAACAAAAUCAUGUCUACUUCAAUGCCCCCAGAACGUCGCCAACAGAUCAUGAAGGCCAAUAGAUCUAUUCGCAAUAUCAAGAAUGAGCUUGAAAACCUUCUUGAAGAUGAACUCAUUACUUACGAGGUGUAUGAGCUUAUGGUUAGCAAACUUCCCUCGGAAAACACCUUGAACUCGACCUCCUCCCCCGCUCCUCGUGCCAACGCUGCCGCUCCAGCACCAGUUGCACCAGUCGCCGCAUUCUCACAAUUGAAUGUCAAUAACGAUAACCCUCCACCAUCAUACCAAUCUACUCCAAACCUUCCUCCCCGCGGACCAACCCAACCACCUGCUCGACCAGAAGUCGGACGUGCCACCGCUCUUUACCGUUAUACCGAACCCGAAGACUGCAACUUCGAUGUUGGUGAUAUUAUUAUCAUCUACGAAUACAUGAAUGAUGAUUGGUGGAUGGGCAAGAACGAAAAGACUGGAAGAGAGGGUGUGUUCCCAUCGAACUACGUCCAGAAGCACCAAAACCAGUCUCCCCAGGGCGCCUAUUAUGGCAACGAGAAGGCCACAUACAACCCAUAUGGCUCUCAACAACAAGGAACCGUGCCACCCGGACCAAGCAACCCUUACAAUAGCUCCGUUCCCCCAAUGGCUGUCGCAGAACAACCUACUGAAGAAAAGUCCAGCAAGGGUGGAGAGAUGGGUAAGAAGUUUGGUAAGAAAUUGGGCAAUGCCGCUAUCUUCGGUGCUGGAGCUACGAUCGGUGGAAACAUUAAGUUGGUCGACGUCACUGUCGCUGUUGCCCCGCAUUGCAUAGAAGUCUUAGUGUUUAUCAAUAUCCCACCUGUCCAUGCUUUCAAUCCUCCUCGUUCUUCCUCUUUACACCGACCAACAAUUCCAAAAGACGCAUUAUCACAUCAAAACCCAAGUGCUCCGAAUACAACCACAAUGCAAGCUCAACAUGGACACAGCGCAGCUUGCUGCAACAUCCCACCUAUUGUAUCCAAGGGUUAUGAACAAAAGGGAAAAUAUGAGACUAUUGGUGGUUUAAAAACUUACGUUACUGGCCCAGCGGAUGCAACAAAGGCCAUCUUCCUUAUCUAUGAUAUUUUCGGCUACUAUCCCCAAACCAUUCAGGGCGCUGAUAUCCUCGCCAAUGCCGACGAACAUAACAAAUACCUCGUUUUCAUGCCAGAUCUCUUUGAGGGAAACCCAGCUGAUAUUAGUUGGUAUCCACCUGACAAUGAAGAGAAACAACAGAAGUUAGGUAAUUUCUUCCAGACGACGGGAGCUCCACCAAAGGCUGCUGGAAGAGUUCCGGAUUUAGUCAAGGCUAUGGGUGAGAAGUAUUCAUCAAUUGAGAAGUGGGCUGUCCUUGGGUUCUGCUGGGGCGGUAAAAUUGUCUCCCUUACUACCUCUGCUUCUUCCAAUCCUUUCGUGGUAGCUGCCGAGUGUCACCCCGCGAUGGUUGAUUCCAAGGAUGCAAGCAACAUCAAGAUUCCUACUAUUCUGUUAGCAUCGAAAGAUGAAGAUGCGGAGGAAGUGAAGAAGUUUGAGGCAAAUCUCACUGGGGAGAAACAUGUUGAGACUUUCAAGGAUCAAAUUCAUGGAUGGAUGGCUGCACGAUCGGAUCUCGAGGACGAGAGAGUCAAGAGCGAGUAUGAGAGAGGAUAUAAGACUCUCAUUGAGUUCUUCGGGAAACAUCUCAAGUAG